AUGGCGCCGAAAAAAAAAGGGAACAAGAAAAAUCAAAAGAAACAAAAACAGCAAGACGGGGAAGAGCAACCAGAACUGUCUCAAGGACUAGAACAAGAACAAUCUCAAGAUGCCGAAGACAAUCUAGAGCAACUACCCACUCCUCCUCCAGAAGAAGCCACAGCUGCACAGCUGUCCUCCCUGCCGCUGUCUCCUAAGACCGAGUCCCAUACUUCCCCUACAGUCGAAACUCCUUUUGCAGAGUCAGCAGAAGCUACACCACCGGCGACACCCUUAGAGUUCAUCGAAGAGACCUCCGUACCGGCAACUGAACCCAAUAUUGGCCCCGAAACUAUACUUGACACUGUUCCAGAUACCGAAGCUGGCACGGUUCCAGAAUCCAUUACGGACAUCGCCGCUGAGGCUGUACCUAUUGCUGCGCCGGAACCUAUUCUAGACACUAUUCUAGAAAACAAACCUAUAGCACUCCCCGAACCAGCUGUCGACAUAGCCGUGGAUAUUGCACCGGAUUCUCUUCCUAUACCUGUUUUCAACAAUAUCCCCGAAACUAUACUGGAUGCGUCUCAACUGAAUAGCAGUUCUCUAGCAAACGAAGACUCGACAAUUGUACCUGAAGAACUUCCUAGGGAGCUGGAGAUAGAACAGGAUAAAGAACUCGAAAAGGAGCCUGAAAUUGAGAGCAAGCAUCUCGAGAGCGUCCUCAGCCCAGAAUCUGAAAGGGAGACUGAGAAAGUAACUGAAGCGUCAGGGCUUCAAGACACCGUAUCGGAAACCCCGAUUCCGAAUCCAAAAGAAACACCUGCAACAAGUAUAUUCGAGCCAGCUUCUGAUACCGAUGUCUCUCACACCGCUUAUAAGUCAUCUCCAGUACCAACUCCAACAGAGAUAGCCCCCAAAUCACAACGACAACAAUCUGUGGCGGAACCGCGUUUUCCUUCACCCUCGUUGCCUUCCGCCAAGCCCAAGACAAGCUCCCCACAAGCAUACGGUUAUCCGCAGUCUGCUUCUCCAGUGCAUGCUCACUCACCACAUUACGCCUACAGUAUUCCGUACCCCCACCCAUACGCACCGACCCCAAUCUACCCGAACGGGUCAUUGCACGACCCCAACCAAGCAGCAAUGGCGGUAUCAGUGGGAACCCACUAUUCUCCUGUGGUUCACUCAUCCAACGCGGAUAGGUACCAUUCAAGAAUGGCCAGUCGCGGCUCUUUUGGUCGUAACCACCCAGAUUACCCGUACAACAUGUCUUCCCACCCACCAAAACGUGUGUCUACUCCAACACAGCAACGUCAAGCUGAAAAUGGAAAUUCCGACUCACUUCAUAUCGAAGGUGAUACUAUCAAGCUCCUUCAGCGGAUACAAAACGUUAUCCCUGAUAUCAAUCGUCUUGUGACAAGCUAUCGUGACACACAGAACCAGUUGUCCGCCCAUGUCGCCCAAAGUAGACAAAUUGAAGAACAACACGAGCGUUCUUUGAUGGAAAAGGAGUUUUACAUCGAAGCAUUACAGGCACAAAUACAGAAAGCGGCAAAAGAGAAUGCCGCAGAGGCAGCAAAAUUGAGAAACAGAAUUUCUGAACUUCGGAUGGAACUCGGUGGUUUGCAGGAGCAGCAUCGCGAUGUUGAAGACAGUCUAGAGGAGCUGAAAAAAGCUAAUGAUGAACUCAUCCAGGCACGAGCGGACUUGGAGGAGGAAAUCAGCGGCCUUCAAAAAACUAUGCAGGAAGAGAAAUUCAACCAUAGAGAAGAAAUGCAACGCCAACAAGAGCUUACCAAGGACGCCCUUGCUGCCCAAAAGGAGGAGCUCAACGGUUAUUUUCAGGAGAUUAAGAACGAAGAUGACCGGCUCGCUGCGGAACAACUCCAGGCUCGUGAGCAGGAAUUAAACGAGGAGCGAGACAAUCUCAAGGCGGAUUGGGAGCGGCAAAUGAAAGAACUCGAGCAAUCCAAAGUCGACAUGGCAGCUGACUAUGACAAUAAGUUGAAAGUUAAGCAGGAUGAAAUAGAUGCGAAGGAAGCCGAUCUUGUAGCGAAACAAGGUGAACUGGAUGCAAAACAGACCGAAUUGGAAAGCAAACAGGAAGAGCUAAAUGCCGCAAAAUUAGACCUGGACGCAAAGCAACUUGAGCUUGAAAAAAGGCAGCAAGAGCUUGAAGAAAAACAAAAAGAAAUUGAUGCGAAACAAGAAGAAAUAAACGGCCUUAAAUCUGACUUGGAAUCAAAGAUCGCCGACCUUGGAGCCAAACAGUGUGAACUAGACGAGAAACAGGCUGAGCUUCAAGCUAAGCAAUCGGAACUUCAGUCUAUUCAAGAGCAGUUGGCAGGGGUCAAGGCGGAACUCGAGGAAAAGAAACAGGAAUUGGAGGUUAAAGAAGCCGAGCUAGUCUCAAAACAAGAAGCCCUUGAUGCUAAGCAGACCGAGCUCGAUGAUGUGAGGGAGAAGUAUGCUGCCGAAGUAGCCGCGCUACAAGCCGCCUUAGAGGAACAGAAGAAUGCAACAAAAGCAAGUGAGGAUAAGGUUGCAGAAAUGACGACUGAACGGCAACAAAAAGAAGAAUCGUGGCAAAAGGACCGUGAAGACUUUGAAGCUCAGUUGAAGCAAAAAGCGGAAGAAUUGAAACUAGUUCUUGAGGAGAAGGAGGUGCUCUCUCUUGAUGGAAAGACUAGAGAAGAACAGCUUCAAAACAUUGUAGAAGAGAUGCGCCAGACGCAUGAUAAUUUGAGCAAGGACCGCGAAAGAUUAAAGAAGACUCUGCAUAGUUUGGGUGAGGCGACAGACAUGAAGAUUAAAGGGGAUGCCUUUUUCAUUGACUGUUUCGGUGAUCUGUCCCGCCUUAUUGUCGAGCUUUCGAAAGAAUUCUUUACCUAUAUUCCCAUUGAACCACCGGCCCACAUCCUAGCCAAAAUCCCUUCCGACAUUCCCCAGUUCCUGGACAAUACCCCAGCGUCCCGUGAACUCCGAUCCGCCUAUGUUCAGCAUGUAGUCUCAAAAACACUAACAUACCGAAUUUUCCAACCGUUCCUUUUCACACUUGGACGAAGAUAUGAUAAAGCCGACACAUUUUUCCAGAUGUUAUCUAUUGACAUCCGCCGGAAGUCCGUUCGCCGCGAAGCCUUUUGGAGACAACAAACUCUAAAAGCCGCAUAUACUGCGUCCGAUGCGAAGCAAGCCAUCAAUGUUGUAGCCGCAGUCGUUGUCGACGAAAUUGUUGACCACAUUCUUCAUUUUACAGACCCUAAGCACCUUGAUGCUCUUGUUAUCAGCGUACGCAAAAUUGUCAAGCUAGCUGCGGAAACAUGGCGCCUUGCUCGCGUGGAAAGAGAGUUGAUCGUGGCCACCAUGCCAUCUGCCGACGACGACCAAACUGCGAAUGACCAGUGGGAUGAGUUUAUCUAUGAUCCUUCCUCGUCGUCACCAAAGCCCUCAGAAAGCGGCCGAACUCCUCUUCUCCGUAUGCUCCCGCGGAUUCAUCGGGAGCCUGUGCACGAAGAUUUCCUUAAGCCAGAAGAGGCCGAGAAAGCCAACCAAUGCGUCUAUGUCCCCGGUGUUAUUCUUUACACCGAUUCCCCGCCAGUUUUGGCGAGAAAGGAAGAACUAUCCAAGAAAUCUACUGACGCACCGCCACUUGGUGUCGAGUCUACUGAGACCACCAACGGCGUUGAAACCCAUGGGGCUGGUACAGGCGAAAAUUUAGCAGAAAAGGCAGAAGCGUGA